AUGGACUUGAUGAACAAAAAUCUAUUGAUGUUGAAGAUAGAUUUAGCGGUUAAUUCCGGAUCUUUUAAACAGGAUCCUAAGUUAGUCGCUGCAAUCGAUAAACUAUUUUACAAUAACACAAGAAAAGUUUUAGCAGAGACGGUAUUAUUACCUGAACGUAAACUAGAUUUCACAGAAGUGAAUCAAUUGUUGAAACAAACCCCAGUUGAAAACGAUAAAUCUUCAGUUUCGGUGAUAAAGGACACUUCCAUUAUCAGAAAGAAUGUCCUUAGGAAAAUAGAAACACUUCUUGGAGAAAUAAAUAAAAGCGCAGAAGAAGGUGAUAUCCCAAAACUUAUAAUAAGAAACCAAAGAUUAUGGAGCAACUGUGUUUACGAUCUUGAUAGGGUUACAUUGAAAGAAUUAGAAAUUUCUAAAACUACUACCAUACGAUAUUCAAGGGCUGAAGAUAAAUCUCGCUUCAACACGAUCGUUUUCGUUUUAACCAGGGUUCAUGAAUUGAUGACGAAAAACAUGACAGUCACGAGGAGAGAACUAUACUAUCAAAAUCUGGCUAGAUUUAGGAGUCAAGGUGUUUUAGAUAUAGGAGUUAGGGAUGUGUGCUGCCUUCUAGAAUGUCCGCCUUGGGAUCUCGGUAUUGUGGCUACUGCUAAGGGGCUUAUAGCGGGACCCCUAAAAAUAGUUAAUGAAGAUGGUUCCGUUAUUGACUGCUCCACGUCUGGAGGCACAUUAGUACCGCAAGAUAUUCGAAAUAUAAAAGAGUUCAAGACUUCUGCGAAGUAUAUCCUGGUUGUAGAAAAAGAUGCGAUUUUUCAGAAGUUACUUGAUGAAGGUGCACUUGUCCGGUUACGGCCAGUUAUAAUUUUAACGGGUAAAGGGUACCCUGACGUGUGUACUCGGCAACUGCUCUGUAGACUUGUAUCGGAUUUGAAGCUAAAAGCAUUAGCUCUUGUUGAUGCCGAUCCGCACGGAUAUGAAAUAUUUCUCACAUACAAAUAUGGUUCCUUGGCUCAAUCCCACCUCUCUUCAUCACUAGCGUGUCCCAAACUACUGCUCCUCGGAGCUCGCCACCAAGACGUGAUGACGCUGGCACCGAAGGCAUCCCGGCUUGCCCUCACUGCUUUAGAUAAACGAAAACUUGUAUCUUUAAUAGCGAGACCUUAUCUAAAUUCUACUACAGGUUCUCAUAUAAAGCAGGAGUUAAAGGCAAUGCUAGAUAGUGGAGUAAAGGCUGAGAUUGAGUCAUUGGCCUCUUCAGCAGCAGCGCUCUGUGAUUCUUAUCUACCCUCAAAGAUAAUACACGCAGAAUACUUAGGAUAG